AUGGGCGUGUCGAGAGGUCGCAGCGGCCGACCUAUCAGCCGAUCUGUUCCUCAAAUGGCUUUUGGAGUGCUAGAUGGGCGUUUACGUGAAGAAGACCAAAUCCUAGCCAUCGAUGGCCAACCCCUUGACUCCAACAUCUCCCACCAGCAGGCCAUCAGCAUUUUGCAGAAGGCUCGAGGGCUGGUGGAGUUGGUCGUAGCUCGCUCUGGAACUGAGGAGGACCCCCUCGGCGAGACCCCCCUCACUCCUCCAUCCCCGUCUCCUAUUGACCGCUCUCCUUCAGCUGUGAGCGAUACUUCCAAAGCUGGAUCCGACAUGGUGCUAAAUACUGAAUGGGCUCAAGUGGAAAUAAUUGACCUAAUAAACGAUGGAUCAGGUUUGGGCUUUGGUAUCAUUGGUGGGCGCAGUACAGGUGUUGUCGUCAAGACCAUACUUCCUGGAGGAGUUGCAGACAGGGACAACCGACUGCAGAGUGGGGAUCACAUCCUGCAGAUCGGAGAAGUCAAUUUGCGAGGAAUGGGCUCGGAGCAGGUGGCUGCUGUCCUGCGUCAGUCUGGCAGUCACGUGCGCCUUGUUGUUGCUCGCCCUGUUGAACCUACCUCACCAGACUAUCAGGCUCUGGGAAGUCAUGCACCCAUUGUUCCAACCAAAAUUCUGGGUGAUCCUGAUGAACUGGAUAGGCAUCUCUUGCAAAAUGGUUACCCAGAGGCCUUCAAUACUCAAACUCCUUUGGACAACUAUGAUAAUCCUUUCAUCUACCAGCAAGGAGAGGAUUUGGAUCUCCAUCCGGACCCAAACAUGGUUGUCGAUGUGGUGAGGAAUCCACUCCCUGUUGGUGCUGCUCCUACUCCUAUGCUAGGAGGGACUCCAUCAUUGCCUGUGCUCACCAUGGAUAUGAUGCCCCUUGAAACAACACUGCCAGAAACUGAAAAGUUCACCGUCGAGCUGAAGAAAGAUUAUCAUGGCCUUGGCAUAACCAUUGCAGGUUAUGUGUGUGAAAAAGAGGAGCUGUCAGGAAUUUUUGUGAAAAGUAUUAGUGAAGGAAGUGCUGCUGACCUCUGCAAAAAAAUUCAAGUAAAUGAUCGAAUUGUUGAAGUGGACGGACGUUCGCUUCAAGGAUACACAAACCACCAGGCUGUAGAGGUUUUACGUGGCACUGGUCAAACAGUAAAACUAUGCCUAGAGCGCUACUUGCGAGGUCCCAAAUUUGAACAGCUCCAACAAGCUAUUGCCAACAGUGAAUUGAAACCUCCAACACCAUCUUCACCAACUUCUGCCACUUCCCUACCUCGUUUUCCUGUUAGUACUGAUGGAGAAGAACCUGAAAUUGAAGGAGAGCCUGAAUCUCACACUACUGUAGAUUCAAGUGUUUUAGAACCUGCAGAAGCACUAAAUGCAGAAGUGAUGGUUGAAGAUGUUGAACUUCUCAUUGAUACCAACUACAUAGGAGAACUAAAACCUACAGUUGAGGCAGCAAUUCAGGCUAAGUGGGCAAAAAUCAUGGGCCCCGAUGUGGAAAUAGUGGUUGCUCAGUUAUGCAAGUUUGGUGAGGGAGGUGGCCUUGGCAUUAGUUUGGAGGGAACUGUGGAUGUGGAAGAUGGCCAAGAAGUGAGACCACACCAUUACAUCCGGUCCAUUCUUCCAGAAGGACCUGUGGGAAGAAAUGGCAAGUUGCGGUCUGGAGAUGAAUUGCUCGAGGUGAACGGUCAUCGUUUAUUAGGUAUGAACCAUAUAGAAGUGGUAACUAUCUUGAAAGAUUUACCUGUUAAUGUAAGGAUGGUAUGUGCCCGAAGACCUGGGGAGACUGCACCAUAUCGACUGAUAGACACAUCGCAGGACAGAGCAGCUUUUCAAGCCAGGAACAUAUUGGGAGGAAGCUUGCAGAACUUAAUACCAGCUACUGAUCGUUUAGUAAAAGCAAAAUCGGAUGGAUCGUUGGCUUCCACAACAACAACUGCAACCGCAACAGACGCAAGCUUUUCCAAAAUGAAAUCUCGAUCUCUGGAGCCUCUUACAGGGUUGGCUAUGUGGAGUUCUGAGCCUCAGAUCAUUGAGCUCACCAAGGGAGAACGAGGCCUUGGUUUUUCCAUUCUUGAUUACCAGGAUCCUAUGAAUCCCAACGAAACGGUGAUUGUUAUUCGGAGUCUGGUUCCUGGUGGCGUCGCACAAAUGGAUGGUCGUCUCAUCCCUGGAGAUCGCUUGCUCUUCGUGAACGACACGGGCCUAGAAAAUGCAUCCUUGGAUCAAGCAGUGCAAGCUUUGAAGGGUGCUCCCAAGGGUGUUGUGAGGAUUGGAGUGGCCAAACCUCUGCCGAUACCAGACAGUGUUUCCCACAGUCAGGUAAGCGAGGAUUACACUCCUAAUUCUCCACCUCAUACAACCAACCAUACAGCUGCUUCGCCUGCCACCCACCAUGUGGAAUAUUACUCAGAUGUGCACCAGCGAGAACACGCUGGAGGGGAUGGGAAUGAAGGGGGGUCACCGACACAGGGAGGGCUUGUUAAGUCUGAAAGUUUUUAAGGUCUUGAACCAAAUGUAACAAAGUCAGAGGUAUUCGUUUUUAUUAAUGUAUUUUGAUGUUGGAAUAUUUAUACAGAACGGUACUCUAGGAGUUUGGGAAUUUCUUAUAUUUAUUUAUUUAUUGAUGUAUCUUUUUUCUUUCACAAAUAUAUUUUAUCUGGGUUAGUAAUGGGGUGUAGGUGAAAGAAAUCAUGACCAAUAUAUUAUCUACUCUUGGAAAACGUUCUUAUGAGUUUACAAAAAUCAAAAUUAUUUUCAAUUUAAUAUAGGGAACUGUGGUUUGACUUUGCUCAUUGAACAGGCUUAAACUGGAGCCAGUGUGUCUCUUAGUUAUCGUUUAUUUAUUAAUUGCAUUCUCUGAAGAUAUAUUUGCAUGUAGAUAUGUUGCACUUUUACCAUUUUUGUGCAUAUGUUACCAUUUUCAAUAUUUUUACAUUGUACAUGUACAAAACAUUCAAGAGUUAAUUUUCAUAUUUAUGUAUUUUAAGAUUUCUUUUCUAGAUUGUAGUAAUGUAAACUGCUUACAUUCUCUAUUUAUCAACAGUAGGUCACAUAUUUAAGUUUAUGUACAUGUUUGUAUUUCAAUUAUUUAAUAACGUUGCACAAGCAGAGAACUAGUUGUAACUCAACUGAAAGAAACAAUAUUUGUUUUAAGAAGGACUUGGCAGGAGUGAGUGCGAAGCAAUAGGCAGCUAAGAAGACUGUUAUUGUUCUCUAGAGACACUGGUCCACGUUUACCCUGUUUUAACUCCUAGCACUGAACUGUAUAAAUAUAAUUAACUGUUCUAUUUUAUCUUCUUUAUGGUGGUUUUAUGUGAAGGAAGGACUGAGAUGUGUGCUAAUGCUAACUUACAAAAAGUUUGAAAUUGAAAUUUGUUAUCAAAUUGUCAUGAAAAAUUCAUAUUGUCCUUCCUUCCGAUAAUGAUUCACUGUCAAAUGCACUUCAGGCCUUGUGUAGAGGCUGUUGCAUGUACUUGUUCCUAUCUUAUUCUUAAUGUGGUACAAUAUGUACUUAACUAUUUUAUCUUCAUUCAAAUAAUUCCUAAUUUUCAAUAUCUGAAAUUUGAAACCACUAUUUAUAAUAUUUUAAAUUUAAUUAACUAAGUUAAAAUUAAGUACAAAGCUAUUGUCUGCAUUACUGUGUUGCUCACCAAACAGUAUUCUUUGUAUUGGACCAAUUAGAAAUUCAUUGUUUCAUAGAAUAAUUGCAUUUAUACAUUCCAUACACCAUCUUAUCUUUAUGGUUGGCACUUGGUGUAUGAUCUUUGUGAUUAGGUCUUUGUCACGAGAUACCAGUGGCUUAGGGAUGCCAGUUGUGGCAGUGGUUGUUGCUUAAAUCUGUGAAUGUUCUCAUGGAAUAAGAUGCUCAAUGUUCUCGUGUUACAUUUAGUAUGAUGUAACGUUAUAUUUUAUUGAAAUUCUGUGAUAUUGUUUCAUAUUAAUUUUUUCCAGACUAAGCUUUUAUAAUUCCAAAAUUUCAUGACUAAGCAAUUUUAAGAAUAUUCAACUUCAUAAUUUUAAUAUCAAAUUCAGUGAGGAGAAUUAUAAAUUUCUCUUAGUUUUUGGACACAUUAUACAAGUGACAAAUCAAAUCUUUUUAUGACACUUCUCAUAUCAAAAUCUCAAUAGAUGGAUUUUGAAUUUUGAUGAAUUUUGCUUGUAGAAUUUGAUAGGAAAGAAUCUCAAAAUUGUAUACGUGCAAUGUUUCAUUUUCAUGGCAUCCCUGGUCAGGACCUCUCUCAAACUCUGUUUGAAAUACAAUUUAUUCUGGUAGAUUUCUUCAGGUGACACGGAAGCAUGCAACAGUAGAUGUUUUAAAUAGGCAUUACUGUUGAGUUAAGCUUGCAUUGCUCACUCCUGCAAUUUUAAAUACUAAUAUUAUAUAUUAUUUGUAGACCUUUGUUGACUUUGUAGUAAUUUUUUAAAAAUCUUAAAACUUCAAUCACAGAAAACCUUUUAAUCUAAGUGGAGCUUUGGGACUUAUCUUUUAUGUUGAAUGAAUCCUAUGAAAAUGACACACAAAAAUUACCUUUCCUAGCUUUAUUUGCUACUUAUGUUAAAGAGAAUAAGAAUGCAGUAAGAACAAUUUUGUUGAUGUACGUACACUUGUAAAAUUUUAUUUGAGUCUUAAAUAAAAUUUUCAAUCACGGUAGUUUGGCAUUUUUUCAAAUACUAUCCCCUCCAGUCAACUCCAUUGAGGUCUGUAAUAGGAUCUCUGCUUCAAUUCCAUAGAUGUUAAGCCCUGGCAGGUUGAAAAUUAUCUAUUUCAAUCAGUUCCACUGACAGUGAUGAUUACCAUCUAAUACCUAGAAAGAGUAGUCUCUGACUAUUUGGCUCUUGCAUUUUCAAAAUUGGUAUUCAGUGGUUCAGUAUGUAAAUAUUUCAUAUUUCUUUGUCAUUGAACUUCAUUGGAAAUGUUUCUGUGAUUUUUAAGCCUUUCUUGCUGCUUCUUCUGUUCCUGUCUUAGCACGUUGCUUCCCUCAUGACAUUUGUGGUGCAGUGCUCCUGUAUUUUAUGUUGCGGUGGGUGGGCUUCAUAAGUGCUUAAUUUGUGGAUUGCAGUAGUAGUUUUUUUAUAUACAUACAUUAUUUGUAGCUGUGCCUUUCUUUCCCUUUCCUGGUGUGGUGCUUUAUUUUUAAUUUUUUUGCACAUAAAUUGAUAACUAUGUGUUGAUCAUCCAACAUUACCUGAAGAAAUGUAAAUGUUAAUACUAAAUACCAAACAAGAUAAAUAUACUCUUGGUGCAAUAAUGAAAACAAUGAAUAUAAUCUGAUAAAUGCUUAGGUAAUUUAAUCCUGCAUCAGAAGAUAAUGAGAGAGACUGACUGAACGGGAUGUUUUAUGCAUUAAUCUCUGCCAUCUAGCAGUCCAUUAAUGUUCCUCAGUAAUUUGAUUUUAAAGUGUUAAAUGUGAUACGGAGAAAGUUUAUUAUAAUGUUUUGUGGUGCAUACUUUUGCAUGGUACAUAUUAUCAGGAUCUUGAUAUUGUACAUGGUGGGUGUUCUCUUCUAAAUCUCUCAUGUGUCUGCACAGCUCUCAUUUCAGUGUUUGCGAGUGUUAUUUUAUGUACUUGUAUUUUAUCUACAGUUUCAAUUUUAACAAAAAAUAUGUCGAAUGAAUUUUAAUUUGCUUUUAAGAAAAUAAUUCAGCAGUCGCUAAAUUAUUCAUGUAGUAGCACGAGCACUGUACAGCUUAAUUUAGUAUUCAAUCGACUCUUCAGAAUAUUAGAUUUUUCUUUUUAGAAGUAGUAAUUAAUGUAGAUGGUAUUUUGGUACUUCUCUUAUAUUCAUUAUAUUAUUAUUGUUUAUUUCUUUUGAAAAUUAUUUUUGUCAGUUCAUUUAUAAAUUGUGUAACAUUUUAUAAUAAUUCAGUUGACUAAUGUAGUCUUUUCAUUCAUAAGUUAACAAAUUAUCUGUAAUUUUAGAAUUUAUUUUAUGGUAAUGUUUGGAAAUGGCCUCAGUACAUUUUGUGAAGCGUAUUUCGAUUUUAGUGUAGCAUGUGCUGAAAAAGCAGAAACAUUUGGCAUGAUAGUAUAUUGCUUGCACUCUUCUCUUUCUGUAUUUUCUGUUGCUG